UUUUUUUUUUUUUUUUUUUUAUACUGUGUCCUGUUCCAGCUGUUCUUUGCUCAUUCAUGACCUCAGCUGCUCUUUUCCCCUUUGCUCAUCAUUUCAUCCGUCGCCAUUUUCAUCCCGUCUCAGCCUCUUUACUCCGUCUGCCUCCCCUUUUUUCUCCCAUCCUGCGUCCUGAUUCAUCGUGUUUUAGAAAACGUCAGAGAUUAAUGUGGGGAUUAUGCCGUGGAUGGGUUUUAAUGGUUAUGUAAAGGCUGGGCAGCACUAGCUUUCUGGGAUUAGAUGCGUUUGCGUGUUUUGCGGGGUGAGACCAGGGAGCUGGUGGCAGCGGACCCUGGCCGACGAAUCGAUCCUGGCAAGCCGAACUGCGCGUCGCUCUCCUACGAGUUGGGAAUAAAAAGCAGCGUGGAUAUACGUCAGCUGCUGGCCGGCUGAAUGUUGGCUGUUUUUACCCGUGGCAGUGUUGGACGUUUAUCUUUCUAGAAGGCCAGGAAACUUGGCAUUUCCACCAGAGGUCUAUGCUGUGAAAACUGGACGCGUCUCUGGAACCAAACAACUAGAUGUUCUUUUCCAUUAGUUUUGGAAAUCUUUUUGGAUGCUCUACCUGCUUGGUACCCUCUGCAAUAUACUUCUUACCCUGCGAAAGAAUACCUUUAUCUGCUUCUUGCAUCAAUGCUAUAUUUUUCAGUCGGGAUCCGCUCCAACAGCUGCAAUGAUGUUCUGCACGACCUUUCUUUCCGCCCCCUCUGAGGAGCUUCAUUCUGAGGGUGGGGUUGGAGGAGGAGCAGCUCCGGUACCUAGUGGUGGUGGUGGGUUGGGUCCAGGCUGUCUUUCUUCAUUUCACUGCCUGGUUCUCCCUCAGGACGAACUCUGCCCGCCUCUUUCCGUUCGCCCAGAGGAGCGAGCUCGCUGCCCGGCCGGUAAAACGCUCUUAGACGUGGGUUUGAGCGGCUGCCGAGCAGGAGAAUCCAGGCGCGGUUGGGGCGGGGUAGGAGGGCGAGGCGCUCGGUCGGCGUCCCCAUCGCCCCGCCUCACUCCCAAAUGUUUGUCUAAAGAGAGAUCCAGAGGACCCGCGUUGCCCAUGGCUACCAUCGACAUCAAAAACCCAGAAAUCAGCAACACUCACCGUUUUCACAACAACUCUCAGGUGAACAACCUUAUGCACACCUCCUUCCCAAGGCGGAUCAAAAAGGACAAAGUCAAGAGGAAGAAGCUGACCAAGGCCGACAUCGGCACACCCAGCAACUUCCAGCACGUUAAUCACGUAGGAUGGAAUCCAAACACCGGCUUCGACAUGAAUAACCUGGACCCAGAGCUGAAGAACCUGUUUGAUUUGGCCGGCAUCUCCGAGGCUCAGCUGAAGGACAAGGAGACCUCGAAGGCCAUCUACGACUUCAUAGAGAAAAACGGAGGCGUGGAGGCCGUCAAAAACGAGGUACGGAGACAAGGUCCGCCCAGGUGGAGCGCUCCUCCACCACCUCCACCCAGAAGUGGCCCCCCUCCUCCACCCCCACCCCAACAUCACAGCGCUGCUCCUCCACCUCCUCCUCCUCCAUCCCGGGUUACGCGGGGCGCCCCGCCACCUCCUCCCCACUCCAGACCUCCCGUCUCAGCGCCCCCACCUCCGCCCCCAUCCCGACCGGGGAUGCCGCCCCCACCACCCAGCCGAGGCGGCCCCCCGCCCCCGCCAACCCCGGCUCACGCCUCCAUCCCCGUGGCCCCGCCGCCCCCACCACCUCCGCCUUCCUUAGCUCCAUCCAGCAACGGCGCGCCUCCUCCGCCGCCACCUCCCCCGCCUCCCGGACCUCCUCCUCCACCCUCCCUGGACGGAGGGGAGGGCAAGUCUGCGCUGCUGAGUCAGAUCAGAGAGGGAGCCCAGCUGAAGAAGGUGGACCAGAAGGAGAGACCGGUGUCCAGCGGCGGCGGCGGCGGCAGAGACGCACUUCUGGACCAGAUCCGACAGGGAAUCCAACUCAAACCUAGGGAUGAUGCUUCUGAACCGGCGCCUGGUGACGCAGCCCCCACAGCGGGCAUCGUCGGGGCCCUGAUGGCAGCCAUGCAGAAGAGGAGCAAAGCUAUUCACUCUUCGGAUGAUGACGAUGAUGACGAAGAUGAGGAGGACUUUGAGGAAGAUGAUGAAUGGGAUGACGAGUGAACCUUUUUGGGGCUUUUUUUUUUGUUCCCCCAUGACACUAAAAUUUAUCCCAGUCUUUCUAAAUUGAAAUCGUUGACUUUAUAAUUAUAAAUGUUCUAUCAGUUUGCUGUACAUUUUUUGUUGCCUUUAUGCUUUUUUUUUUUUUAUUAAUCUGUGCAAUACCUCAUUUAAUCUAUAAAUGUUUGUCAGUCUAAUCUUAGAGGUUGUUCUUUAUCGCCGUUGGCUGCAUCUGUCUCCUGAUAGGAUCGUUUUUCUUCCUUUUUGUUGCUCUAUGGCUUCGACCUUCUGUAUUCCCAAUUGUGCUGAUCACCAUCAGUUGGCCAUUAUUUUCCUACCUGCUGCCUCCUACCACACGUGACCCAUCUUUGUUCCCAUCUCUUUCUUAAUGUGCAAUUUAAAAUGUCUUCAGCAUUUGAGCUGAAUGUUUGCUACAUAUAUAUCUUUUCAGCGACGGAUGAGAGGACGAACAAGAUAGCGAGAGACUUUGCCACAGAUUCUUAGUUAUUUGUAACAUUGUUAGAAAGGGAGAGACAAAAAAAGUUAUUUUCAUACCCUAUUGUUCUGUAGUUUAUUUUUACAUAUUCAAAUAAUUCUAGUUUAUUGGUCAUAUUUUCUUAAAAAAAAAUUGAGGAAAAAAAGAAGAUGACGGCACUCUUUGGAAAAUUUAGCUCCAUUCACUGUGGACUGUAAAUUUCCUUUAGAUUUUGAGUCUUUAUAUUUUUGCACAGAUUGGAAAAAUGAGACUCGAGGAAGGAAUAUAGAACAUUUUUAAGGUUUACAUCAUAACUUAAAGUACACGUGCUUUAAGUAACAUUGCCGAAUACAUGAGGACGCGAACUGGUAAUCUAUCACUACAAACUGUAAUAACAUUAGCCUACAGUGUUAUGUCUGGCUUUUUUUUUUUUUUAUCUCAGCAACACUACACGUUUAAUUGAACAUCAUCUUUGUUCUUUUCUUCUUUCUUUUUUUUACAGUAGAAACCGGAGUAUUAAUAAAUGCCUGUUGAUUGUAAUCAGGUGAUUCCUCCUGUGACGGUAAAAUAAAGAUAUUUUAGUUUUGCACACUGA